AUGUCCAACAACAACAUACCCCCACCUCCCAUGUUCAAAUCUUCGAAUUUCAUAACAAUGAACCGGGCUUCAAUAUCCAACGGAACCCUGACUACUUCGAGCCAUGAAACUGACUACAAAGCGCGAGGUACAGACACAGGAAGUAGAUCUUCUUCUGUCAGUGGAACCAGUGCUAAACGGCGUCGUAGAUCGACUUUGACGGAGUCCAAAGAAGAAAUUGCCAAAAAGAAGAAAGAGCUCAAAGCAGCCCAUUCUAUCAUUGAGAAGAAGCGCCGCAUAAAGAUGAAUAGGGAAUUCGAAGCCCUGAAAUAUAUGAUACCGGCAUGUAGAUCUUCUGUGUACUCUUUGAUGAGUAACAGUGUGGGAACAUACCCAGCUCAAGAUAGCGCAAACAUGCACAAACUGACAAUCUUGCAAUCCACAGUUGAGUACAUAAAGUACUUGCAUCAAUGUAUACGGCUGAUGAGGAGUGAAAUUCAAAGUGUUUGUCCCAACAGUGAAUGGUUGACGGCAAACAACAUUGACUUUUGCGACUACGAGCUGGAUCUGGAAAAAUAUAGAAACAUUGAGUCAGAGUUUGACUUCCAAACGGAGGUUUUCAACAAGCUUCUAGAGAACAAUGGGAACCCAAUUUCCUUUCCACACCUGGAGGAAACGAAUAGCAGCAAGGAAAACAUAAAUGAAAGCGAGGAUGACGAAGAUGACGACACUAGUACAAACAAUGACUCUGGACGCGAUCCUGAGGAUUUUAACGAUUCAAACUCAAUCAGCGACAAAGAUCCCAUCUCUCCAUUGAUAGCUGCUGAGAACUAUGGUAGCUCGAGUAGCCUCCGAUCCAGUAGUUCAUAUCAAAGUCCCCUUUUCUCUCCUGAGACCCCAUUCAACAACAGUACAAAUAUUAGAGCCAAAGCAGCACCUUGUGAGUUGCCCCCGUUAAAAAAGAUCUCAUCUUUCCAGUUACCAUCGCCGGCGAUGACGGGAUUGUCCAAUGCAGAAUUGGAGGAAGAGGAUGCUUCUAAAGCCCUACUUCUGAUGAAGCAGAAGACCAGCAUUCAUAGUCUGCUAAAUUGA